AUGGCCAACCAACACGUCGCAUGGAUCGGUCUGGGCAAUAUCGGCCGAGGCAUGGUCCAAAACAUCGCCGAAAAGGGUCCCCAGUCCUCUCUGACCAUCUACAACCGGACAAUCUCUAAGGCAGAGUCUUUCGUCUCAACACUGCCCCCCAACAAAGCCACCGUUGCCUCGUCCCUCCCUGAUGCCGUGAACCCCGCAACCCUAAUCUUCACCUGCGUUGGGGACGACCCGGCGCUCGGUCAGAUCUUCGCUGCCAUUCUGGAAGCUAAGGAUUUGGACAUCGCGGGUAAGACGUUUGUCGACUGCUCGACCGUGCACCCCGACACCUCGAGGAAGACGCAGGCUGCGCUUAGCCAGCGGGGAGCAGCGUUCGUCGCAUGUCCGGUCUUCGGGGCACCUAACAUGGCUGUUGCUGGACAGUUGGUUGUUGUUCCUGCGGGCUCUUCGGAGGCAAUUGAGCGUGCGAGACCGUUCCUGGACGGUGUCACCGCACGUGCUACCCUCCCGCUCACCGGUAACGAGGACGUCGGCCGCGCAAGUCUCAUGAAGGUUCUCGGCAACACAUUCAUUCUGAACAUGGUCGAGUCGCUAGCGGAAGGCGUCACCGCAGCCGAAAAGACCGGCCUGGGCGCAGAGAUGUACGAGCAAUGGGUUGCAACGAUGUUCCCCGGCGCUUUUGCGAAGUAUGCGGAACGGAUGACCUCUGGUGACUACCACAAGCGCGAGGAGCCGCUCUUUGCUGUUGACCUUGCGCGGAAGGACUUGCGUCAUGCGAGUACGUUGGCGAGUGAUGGGGGCAUGAGAUUGAGGAGUGUGGAGGUUACGGAUGGGUAUUUGCAGGAGGUUAAGAAGGAGAGGGGGGAGAAGGGCGAUGUUGCAGCUGUUUAUGGGGCGAUUCGGAAGGAGGCUGGGUUGCCAUUUGCCAACAACUAG